AUGGCGGACCACACCCACACCCACCUAGUUUAUGAUUUCUGGAGCCAGUCUAACUCCGUCGCCCCAGAUAUUAAUCUUGAAGAUCAUCAACCACCCAUGAUCCCUGCAGCUAAACCAAAAGUUCCAUCUUCGUCUAGAAUGUUCUCUUGUCUCUAUUGUUCUAGGAAGUUCUGCACUUCUCAAGCACUUGGGGGACACCAGAAUGCUCACAAACGAGAAAGAGCCGCUUCUCGCCGGAAUAUGUUCUCCACCACCCCUACCGACUCUCAUCCUAACCCUAACAAUAACAAUAAUAAUAUGCUCCGAUUCCAUUUUCUUCAAAACAACAACAACAACAAUGAUCAGGAUAUGCCUCAACAACAGAACAUCAUCAAUGGUAAUUACCCCUACAAUAUGAGUAAUUACUGCUGCCAGCUCCAAGCCCCUCCUUCAAACAAUAACUUUAACCCUUUCUGUUCCUCCUCAUCCGGUUUCUAUCCUCCACCGAAUCAUGGAUAUUUUACUACUACUGGUGAUGCUCCUACUCUCUCAACUCCCCCCGUUGAUGAACACCAGCUGAAUCUCGACCUUACCCUUCGUUUGUAA